GUUAUAAAAAAUUAUUUUAGACAUUUCACUCUUUUGUGGCUUCGUUAAAAAUCGUAAAAAUUUUCACCUAAAAUUGACUUACGGCAUAAAGAUGAAUCGGAUGAAAUUGUUAGGAAUAACAUUACUUGUAACUCUAGUUAAAUGUUAUGGCAAUCUGGGUUUUUACGAAAUUAACAAUAAAGUGUCAGAGCCAGUUGUUCCUUGCUAUGAGCAUCCUGCUUAUGGUGAAGAACCUGAAUUGUUUGUGCACUGUCCACAGUAUCAAAUGUGUUACUUCUACCCUCAUGAUGAAGCACUGAACCUUGGUAGCUUUUGUCGACACAAAGAUUUUACGACGAACGGCCACGAUGGAGAAGGCGAGGAAGAGCAAAGACCAGUAGAAUAUGACAGGACAUAAUUUUCACGUUUCAUUACAGUUAUACAAUUUUUAGCAUUCUAGUAAAUUUGACUAGUUCUCAGUCCCUUAUUAAUUGUUAUAAUAAAAUUAAUAUGACCCUGUGUAAACAA